GGAGUGGGGCGGCCCCGCAGGCUGGGAGCCGGAGCGGCGCCGAGGGGGCGCGGCGAGGCGGCGGGCCCAGCGCGGAGCCGGCUCGCUCUCCCUCCUCAGCCGCCGAAAGUAAACUUUGCGGCUCCCCCCGCGGCGCCCCAGCGUCCUCGGCCCGGCCCCCGGGCGCGCCGCGGCCGGCCCGCAGCCCUCCUGAGCCCGGGCCUCGCGCCCGCCCCGGCGCAGGGCCUCGGCGCCAUGGACGCGACGGCGCUGGAGCGCGACGCGGUGCAGUUCGCCCGGCUGGCCGUGCAGCGCGACCACGAAGGCCGCUACUCCGAGGCGGUGUUUUACUACAAGGAAGCUGCACAAGCCUUAAUUUAUGCUGAGAUGGCAGGAUCAAGUCUAGAACAUGUUCAAGAAAAAAUAAAUGAGUAUUUGGAAAGAGUUCAAGCUUUACAUUCAGCAGUUCAAUCUAAGAGUACUGAUCCUUUGAAAUCAAAACAUCAGUUGGACUUAGAGCGUGCCCAUUUCCUCGUUACACAAGCUUUUGAUGAAGAUGAAAAAGGAAAUGUUGAAGAUGCUAUAGAAUUGUAUACAGAAGCCGUAGAUCUCUGUCUGAAAACUUCUUAUGACACUGCUGAUAAAACUCUGCAAAAUAAACUGAAACAGUUGGCUCGACAGGCACUAGAUAGAGCUGAAGCAUUGAGUGAGCCUUUAACAAAGCCAUUAUGCAAAAUCAAGACAACAAAUAUCAAGCCAAAGCCACCUCCAGCGAGAACACAUUUUCCACUAGGAACUAAUCCCUUCCUUGAAAAACCCCAGCCAUUUAUAAGUCCACAGUCAUGCGAUGCACAAGGACAGAGAUACACUGCAGAAGAAAUAGAAGUUCUAAGGACAACAUCAAAAAUAAAUGGUAUAGAAUAUGUUCCUUUCAUGAAUAUUGACCUGAGGGAACGUUUUGCUUAUCCAAUGCCUUUCUGUGAUAGAUGGGGCAAGCUGCCAUUAUCACCUAAACAAAAAGCUACAUUUUCCAAAUGGGUACGGCCAGAAGAUCUCACCAACAAUCCUACAAUGAUUUAUACUGUGUCCAGUUUUAGCAUAAAGCAGACAAUAGUAUCAGAUUGUUCCUUUGUGGCGUCACUGGCUAUCAGUGCAGCUUAUGAACGACGAUUUAAUAAGAAGUUGAUAACGAGCAUAAUUUACCCUCAGAAUAAGGAUGGUGAGCCAGAGUACAAUCCAUGUGGAAAGUAUAUGGUAAAACUGCACCUCAAUGGUGUUCCAAGAAAGGUGAUAAUUGACGACCAUUUACCUGUUGAUCAUAAAGGAGAAUUGCUCUGUUCCUAUUCUAACAACAAAAGUGAAUUAUGGGUUUCCCUCAUAGAAAAAGCAUAUAUGAAAGUCAUGGGAGGAUAUGAUUUCCCAGGAUCCAAUUCAAAUAUUGAUCUUCAUGCACUGACGGGAUGGAUACCAGAAAGGAUUGCCAUGCAUUCAGACAGCCAAACUUUCAGUAAAGAUAAUUCUUUCAGAAUGCUUUACCAAAGGUUUCACAAAGGGGACGUCCUUAUCACUGCAUCAACCGGAAUGAUGACUGAAGCUGAAGGAGAGAGAUGGGGUCUGGUCCCCACACAUGCAUAUGCUGUUUUGGAUAUUAGAGAGUUCAAGGGGCUGCGAUUUAUCCAGUUGAAAAAUCCUUGGAGUCAUUUACGGUGGAAAGGAAGAUACAGUGAGAAUGAUGUAAAAAACUGGACCCCAGAGUUGCAAAAAUAUUUAAACUUUGAUCCUCGAACAGCUCAGAAAAUAGACAAUGGAAUAUUCUGGAUUUCAUGGGAUGAUCUUUGCCAGUAUUAUGAUGUGAUAUAUUUGAGUUGGAAUCCAGGACUUUUUAAAGAAUCAACAUGUAUUCACAGUACUUGGGAUGCAAAGCAAGGACCUGUGAAAGAUGUCUAUAGCCUGGCCAACAACCCUCAGUACAAACUGGAGGUGCAGUGUCCACAGGGGGGUGCUGCAGUUUGGAUUUUACUUAGUAGACACAUAACUGAUAAGGAUGAUUUUGCAAAUAAUCGAGAAUUUAUCACAAUGGUUGUAUACAAGACUGAUGGGAAAAAAGUUUACUACCCAGCUGAUCCACCACCCUAUAUUGAUGGAAUUCGAAUUAACAGCCCUCAUUAUUUGACUAAGAUAAAGCUGACCACACCUGGGACCCACACCUUUACAUUAGUGGUUUCUCAGUAUGAGAAACAGAACACAAUCCAUUACACAGUCCGGGUAUAUUCGGCAUGCAGCUUUACUUUCUCAAAGAUUCCUUCACCAUACACCUUAUCAAAACAGAUUAAUGGAAAAUGGAGUGGUCAGAGUGCUGGAGGAUGUGGAAAUUUUCAAGAGACCCACAAAAAUAAUCCCAUCUACCAAUUCCAUGUAGAAAAGACUGGGCCAUUACUGAUUGAGCUGAGAGGACCAAGGCAAUACAGUGUUGGAUUUGAGAUUGUAACAGUUUCCAUGGUAGGCGAUCCUGGUCCCCAUGGUUUUCAGAGGAAAUCUAGUGGUGACUAUAGGUGUGGGUUUUGCUACCUGGAAUUAGAAAAUAUACCUGCUGGGAUCUACAAUAUCAUUCCCAGUACAUUUUUGCCUAAACAAGAAGGACCUUUUUUCUUGGACUUUAAUAGUGUUAUCCCCAUCAAGACAACACAGCUUCAGUGAUGGAGAAAUCUCAGUAAUUACUGGAUUUUACCCUUACCAAACAUCCAUGCUUCAGAUGAAGUCACAGAUUAUCAAGACCCUACAUACAACAAUCAAGAGAAAUCUCUGAAAACAUUACAGUGGAAUCUGGUAAUCAAAUCAGGGUGUUUAGUGAGAAUUUUAUAGUCAACUAGAAUUACCUAAGUCACCCAGAAGUACAAUUUACAUGGUUUUGUGUAUAUAUGGAGUUGCCUUGCAUUGUCUGAAAUAUUUGACUCAGAUUAAAUAUUUGACUCGGUUAGCAUUGUGAGAUGUUUUGCUAAGAGGGAACUGAGACCAGAUAAAGAAAAGGAGGGACAUACAGACUCAUUGAGUGAACGGUAGGCUCAUGUAAUACUGAAAUAUCUUCAUUAUGUUUGUCUUUCUGGCAGAGCAUGUUGUAAGUUAAACCUGCUUGUGUUGUGACUGUACAUCUUGGGCAGCUAAUUACCAAAUGAAUCAUGUCUCCAUUACAUUUUCAUUCUGCGUUACUUAUGACUUUAAAUGUUUAUUGUUACCCAGAUGUUAUGAAAGAAUAAGCUUUAAGAAAUGAUUAACUUAGCAUGAAGAUGCUCCUGGUCAAGAAUGAGAGUUUUGCAAGGAAGAUACCUUCUUCCAUUGACCAUAAUAUAAAGAGAACAGAUAUAUUCACUAUUGCAUUUUUUAUCAGGUUGAUGAAAAUAGUAAUCAGAUAUUGAAGACUCUACAAACUAAAUUGUAAUGUCUUUUGAGUUGCUCUACAGUUCAGUGCUUUUAUAGAAACAGCACUCUAAAUUCAGAAAUGGAAUUGAGAACUUAUUAUAUGGUAAUUGGGAUUGUAUUCAGAAAAUAUACCAAAUUUACUGUCAUGUGAAUUCCCAGUUUACAUCAAAACCCCUCAGAAUAGAAUUAUGCUCAAGAUUUUAAAGAUUUAAAAAUAAGGGGAAUUUUUCAUUGUCUCUACUUUAUAAUUAUUUUGUAUUUCUACUACCUUUAAUUGAAAUAAAAUGUUUAUACUUAC